CGCCGGGCCGGGGCUGUCUGGUGCCUGCCUGCCUGCCUGCCUGCCUGCCGCGAGGACCGGCCCUUCGCCCACCCGUCCGCCUCCCCGGCGCUCGACUUCGGCCAGGCAGCCGGGCCAGAGGAGGGCAGGCGGGCCUCACCUGCCGAGCGCGCGCGGCGGUCCGGAGCCCCUUCCAGUGCUGAACGGGGGUUAAUGGAGAAGAGGUCGAAUGACAGCCGGAACUGUGGUCAUCACAGGCGGAAUAUUAGCAACUGUCAUCUUACUUUGUAUCAUAGCUGUGCUGUGCUAUUGUAGGCUUCAGUAUUACUGCUGCAAGAAGGAUGAAUCAGAAGAAGAUGCAGAUGAGCCGGACUUUGCUGUGGACUCCCAUAUCCCUCCGCUCCAUUGCAACCGCAAUGUGGCACUGACGAACGGCCCUUCCUUGUACCAUUCUUCCCCCUACAAGAAGCACUCCCAGUGCCGGACAGUCUGUCCUAGCUGCUCCCAUUUUGAGCCACCCACGUUCUUCCUGCAAGAGCCAGAAGAAGAAGAGGUCCGAAAUGGAGGGGACCGCAUCAACUACAAGGCCAUCAGCCAGGAGGACCUGGGACUGCCCGUCAACCUGAGUGGCCUCCAAGCCCUCAAUCCCAACCGCCUGUCAGCCAUGCGGGAAGCCUUCUCCCGCAGCCGCAGCAUCAGCACCGAUGUCUGACGCGGCGGCCACCCGGAGGGCGGUGGAUGUUUUUCUACCUUUGUGCAGCUUUUCAAAACAGCGUCACUCUUUUUCAUGAAGAAAAUAUCUGAGAUGUCUUUUAAACUGAUGAAUGUAUUUAUAUGUUAUUACAUAUAGUUCUAUGUAACAAAUUAAUAAAACAUUGCUUAAAGGGAUGGGAAGGGGGGGAGAAUGCCAAUGGGGGGUGGCUGUGUAGGUUUUCUAAAGCUACGCAUUGGAACUGAUUUUUUAAAAUUAUUCUAAAGAUAAGAUUUUGAUACUGGGCCUCCUUUUGUAUGCAAAGAACACCGCCCACCCCUCUUUGUCCUGCCUGAAGCCCGGGGUGUGCCUGGCAUGCCUGCUUUGCUGGGAAGGAGGGAUGAGGGUUAGCUCCUCCUCCAGCUGCCAUGGCACACCAGCCUUGCCACCUUCAGCUCAAGACGUGCUGAGAGCAUCAUGUUGCAGCUUCCCUACUAUCCUAGGCCAACUUCCUGGGUGACCAGAACAAGCUCCCAGUUUAUCUCGUGUCACAAAAGAUUCCCCUCCCCCCCCCAGACCUUUUUCCAUUUCACUGAGCCUCCUGGGAGUAGAUUCUCAAUAGGCGGGAAGAAAGUGACGGAAGCCGGCAGCAGCAGGGCUCUUGGGCAGCCGUAGGUGGCAGAGGCCGGAGCAUCUUCCUGGGGGGCCCUCACACCCCUUGUGGGUUUAGUUCUUGUAGCCCCUACAAAACCACAUCCCACUUAGCUUGAACCUUCAUUUAGCAUCGUCUGCUCCCAUCUUUAAAAAAGCAAGUUAUUGCUCUAUUUUGUUAAGUAUUGUUUGUAGGGGGGGCAUAUACUUUACAUGUGUAUGGCCCAUUAUGUAAGCAAGGGGGAAAAGGCCCUCCUCAAGGAGCUUGCAAUUCAAACAAAAAUAGCCUCCAAUAAAAUGUAUUAUAAUUUUAGCACUGUAAGACUGAAGAAAUCUUUGUUAAUUAGUCAUAUGAGUUUUAAGUUGACUGAUGAAUAGAUUACAUAUGCAUCGGAGUAAAAAGCAGCAGAAGGCAUGCUUUGCCCUGAGAGGACGUCCACUUGUAUUCCCUCGGAGGUGAGAUCCUGAGGAGGGCCUUUCCUGCAUGACGUUUGCUCUCUGCACCUUUUAAUGUUAUCGUUAUCAUACAUACAAAAAUACAUGUAAGAAUAGAAUAGAAUAGAUCAAAGAGCCACAAAUUUACAACAUGGUAAAAAACACAAUUGUAUAAUGUCAGGAUAUUGUUCAUUCCCCAGUGAAUUUAUUACUCUGUGUAUACUAUUUAAGAGCAGGUAGUAAUCAUUGGACAUUAGUGCAAUCUCCAAAACCCUUCUGUACCAGUCUAUUGCCCCCUCCCAAAAACAUUUAUGUACUUUCCCCAAUAGGUACACUUAUAUCAGCUUCUGCAAUGAAGUACAACCUAAUUUCUGAAUCUUCAACAUGGAUUCUUGAUUUUAGCCACUCUAACAUCAUAACCUUAGGAUUUAUCAGAAGAUUAUAUUGUGUCAUUUCCAUAAUUAGCCAAAAUUCUAGUAGCUCUCCCUUAUAUCUGCUGAAAUUAAAUUGGAGAAGGCUAUAGUCCAAAUCCAUUUCCAGUCUUCAGAUGAUAUAACUACCCUCAAAUCUCCAUCCCAUUUUCUUUAAAGAUUGACAGGUUCUGCUCAAGUCUCAGCUAAAAGUCUAUAAAUCAGAUUUAAUCAAAUCUAAAUCAAAUAAUUAAAAUCAGUCCUUUUUUAGUAGUAUUAUCUACAGUUUUUAGAAAUAUUUACUUUUUUCAAAAUGCGUAGUUUAAAAAAAGUGUUAACAGUUACCUGAGGGUGCCUUUUUAGGCAAUGAAAAGGUUUUUUAAUGGAUUACUUUAGCUCAGUUAACCCUUACCUUACAGCCCAGAUUCUAGCAUAAUUCCAAACUGAAGGUGCAAGGAAAGCGGUGAUAAGCUCGCACCACCACAACUCCUCCUGCCUGUGUUUAGCUCCAUCAGAUGCUAACAUAUGUUUAUUAGAUGCAUCCCACCAGAAAUGCAUGCAGAUCGGGUGGUAGUCAGAUCAGCUAUCUUCCUUCUUCCCUUUUUCAGAUGCUAAUUUGGUCAGAAAUUCUUCUGCCAGGUUCAGCUCAUGCUUCUCAAAAAGAAGAGAGGAAGAAUUCAUGUGUGAUACUCUGUGAUAUUGAUUCAUUGUUUGCAGCAAAGAUUAGACUGUUAAAUGUCACUUGCAUUAACCAACGAGAGAGAGAUGCAUGUGGAAGCAAGUUUCCUUGCAUAGAGACCCCUUGCUGGAUUGGGACCGUAUCCACUGAGCAGAGCAACCAACUUGGAACUCUGGAAAGGGGGGAUUUGGGUCAAAUGGAGUAACACUGAGAAUAAUGGAAAGUCAUUUUGGUUGACUGCGGAUUUUUCAUAACUCGUGUUAGGACAUCUCAAAUUAACCAGUUGUGUAAAUUAUGCCCCCUUGGGCAACAGGAACUUUUAAUCUGGCUUUCAAGUUGUUAGGGCAUUUGCAGAACAGAAAUACAACAUAAUCAACAGUUGAGGUAUUCAAUGAAAACAGAUACGAUAAGGUAUGGUAGCCAAAAAUUUGAAAACUAGCAUAGAGCCAAACACAUACACGAAAUCUUUCUGAAUUGAAGUGUAAGUAAUUAACAUGCCAUUUUUAGCAACGUUGAACUACCCAGCUGAAGCAUGUCUACAUCAACAGAUAGUACCCAGUAACCUAGGCUAUACUCCCUGUCCCUUAUCAAGGUAUCUCUUUGAGCUUUUUCUUAUGACGCAGCCCUAUAAUCGCAGAAGAAGACUCUCCCAGUGGGCAAAAUUUAAUGUCAUAGAUGUGCACCAAAUCAUGUUGCUCUCACAGCUGUUGGACAGCCUUUCUUAUUUAGCCAAAUCUUACCCCCCCACACACCUCAGCUACAAUAAAGAGCUUGACCACAGGACCAGUUCUUUGCCUUUUAGUUAAAAGUUGUUCUUAUCUCUCCAACCAAGCCAAGAGACAUUGGCAAAAAAAUAAAGAGGGCAGCUGGCUUACCUUAAGAACGUGUUGUUGUGGAGGUGUACAAAGAACUUUUUUCUAUUUUCUCAGCAACCUUGUAUGAUUUCUGGACUAAAUGCUCAGUCCAGCAAUUGCUGAACAGCAUUGUAGCUGCACACUCAAGUUGGUGGCUUCACGACACAAUUCUGUUAACAGGUUGUGUACAGGGGGUGGGGGAGUGCUGCUAUAAGACUGCAAAAGAUCUGCUGCAGCCUUGCUGCGAACCUUCGACAUUCAUGUGUUUGCUAAAUUGUUGGGCAUUGUUUUCAUAGACAAGUUGAUUAUUUUACAGCUCAAUUGCUUAAACAUUAGUGGCAUUUCUGGGGCUGGAGUGAUGAGUAUUUUUUCCUGUUUUUAUUCAUAACUAAUUUCAGUAUCUUACCUGGGUUGUGUCCAAUUUGGAGGCGCAUAAUUCGGGGUGGGGGGAGCGUGCCCAGUUUCUGUUGCUGUGUUUCGCUGGAGAUUGGUGUUCAGUCUUUGAUGUGAUCUGAUGUAACAUCAGCCGCUUCUGCAGAAUACUGGGUCAAUUUUGUACAAUUCUUAAAAUUUGCGUUUGUUUCAAUGGCAUUUAAAAGAAACUUAUGGAUUUGUUGCAGUUUGUGAUUGUGUUUAUCUUCCUAUUUUUCUCUCACUUUUUUCUAGUAUGUAUUUUAAAUUCCAUCUCAUGAGUUUUCAUUCACCUUCCCAUGUGGUAAACUUGUACAGGACUUAUAAACUCUGAGAAAAUAAAAUAAUGAUAAACUUUA